AAAACAGUACUGUUGACAUGAAAAUCAGCUGUGGUUUGCUGUUUCUGGUGGUCUGCUUCAUGUGGGGCCCGUGCCCAGCUUGGUCUUGUUCUGGGAGUUCCUCUGUUCGGAAGAGUCAUAACCGUGUGGAUAUCAAUCAUUGUACAUCUUCACUGUGUGAUCCAUCUGCAUUAUGUCGCAACUUAACUGGGAACUAUGACUGCUACUGUGGUACAGGGUUUACCCCCAUUCCUGGGAGUUCUGGCAUUGCAACAGUUUGUAAAGAUGUGGACGAGUGUGAGAAUGAAGAUGUGUGUGGCAAGAACACAACCUGUCAUAACUCCUUGGGGAGUUACCGCUGUAUCUGUCGGGCAGGAUUUCAGCCAGUGCCAGAACAAACACAAGGGACCUGUACAGUGCAACCUCUCAACUGUCCCAACCCAAAAAAGCCAAACAAUUCCAUCCUCGCACAAUGUGGUGGGAAGCAUUCACAAACCCUUGAACAGCCAAACUCUGUGGGUGAUGAGUCUUGCUUCAUAAGAGAAUCAGCUCGCCGAUUACUUGAUAAAGUCUGUCAGAAUUUCAGCAUCACAGACGAUAUCCAGGCCAUCGCAAACUUUACAAAUAGUGUCUUCCGUAUGAAUUCACAGCUACAGAACAUGACGACCAGUCAACAGUUAAAUGUAGCAGCAACCAUCUUGAAUCUCUUGGAAAAUACGGCAAUGGCUGUUGCUUUAACUUUGCCCAGUGGGGAAACAAAGUCAAUCUCAGAAGACUCUUUUGGUAAAGUAUUACUCAGUACAAAUGCUAACCCUCUAGAUGUUGAGUUGACACAGUAGGCAUCUUUUAAUCAAAGGAAAGGUUGUUUAUUUCUGGUUUUAUGGUCAGCGCAGUCUGAGCCAGUUGGCACUUUACUGGAAGAAAUGUAUCAAUAAAAAUUGUGACAUCUGAUUAAAAAUUUCAAUCUGUAUUUCUUAGGGUUUCUUUUAGGAACAUACAGAAACAUUAUUGUCAAUGAUGCUGUGUCAUAGAGCUAAUAAGUUCUUUGAUUGUAUUUGGCUAUCAAAUUUCCACAGAAACACUGCUGAUGAAAUUGAUAUUAGUCCAGGUUCCUGCUUCUGUACAUAAGGCCAUAACAUAUAGAAGCAGAAUUAGGCUGUUUCUGUCUUCUCCUCAUAGCUCUUGAUCACCUUACUAUUCCAGAAACUAGCUACCUCUGACUUAAAAAGAUUCAAUGACUUAGCCUCUGUAGCUUUAUGUGACAAUAAGUUACGUAGAUUCAUCACCCUCUGGUUGAAGAAAUUCCUCCACAUCUCCAUUCUAAAACAUCAUCCCCUUAGUCUGAGGCUGUGCUUUCUGGUCACAGUCUCUCCUCAUGGUAGAAACAUCUUCUCCACAUUCACUCUAUCCAGGCGUCUCAGUAUUCUGUAUUCUGUUCCUCAUCCUUGCAAAUUCAAAAGUAUCAGCUGUUCAAAAGUGAUUGUGUAUGAACAUUUAUUGAGAACAGAUUUCAAUAUUUUCACUGUCUCUUCUGUGCCUCAGUGGGUUAUUUUACUGCCUCUCGGUGAGAAAACUGGGGGCUCGUGUAUCACUCCAGAGGUUUUGAGCACAAGAUCAAGGCAGACAAUCACACAGCAAUUCUGAGGGAGGGUUGCACUGUCAGAGGGACUGUCUUUCACAUCUGACGUGAAGUUGAGGUGUUUGGCUUCAGAUUUUGUAAAUGCAGGCUGUUUGGGUGGGGUCUAUAUUUGGCCUGUCGCAAUAAUGGAAGGAACAUCAUGUUUGAUUCAAUCAGACACUUGCUGAGAAACAUCGGCUGCAUACCAGGUUCUGCACUUGA